CCAGGCCCCGCCCCUUCCGCCUCACGCUUGCCGACCGGCGUGGGUCUGGUCCGGCGUGGGUCUGGGCUGGCCUGGUCCACGGAGGUGCGUGCUUUCAGUCGUAACCCCAGCGCCCGGCCAUGGGAGUCCGCAAGAGGAAGGCCUUGGCCGGUCAGGAUGGCGCCGUUUCCGGUACGGCCGCAGCCAAGAGGUUCCGCACGGAGGAGCUCACGGGCGUGCGGUUCAAGACUCAGCUGAGGGACCCGCAGGGGCCGGGGCCGGCCUUGGAAGCAUUUGUCUCUGCUGCCAAGAAACUGCCUCGAGAAGAUGUAUAUGAUGUUGUGGAAGGGUACAUAAAGAUUUCUGUUGAAUGUGCGGAAAUUUUCCAGCUCCUGAGUGGAGAGAAGCGGCCUGAAAGUGAAGUGCUAUUAAUCCUUCAAGUUUUUGAGGCCAUAUUAUUGCGGACAGCAAGUGAUCUCUCACAUUUUCAUGUCGUGGGCACCAAUAUCGUGAAAAAGCUGCUGAACAACCAUAUGAAGCUCAUCUGUGAGUCCCUGUAUGCCUCAGGUUACAGGAUAGCUCGAGCCUGCCUCAGCCUAAUGGCUGCCAUGGUUACCCAGGGACCUGAAGCUGCCAGGGACGUCUGCAGCCAUUUUGAUUUGAAUAAAAAGAACUUGUAUGCUCUGGCGACUAAGAGGGACUCAAAGGGAGUGCCUGACGUCCGGCUGGCCUACAUCCAGUUUGCCCUCUCCUUCUUAAUUGCUGGUGAUGAUAGCACUAUAGGACAAGUACUAGAGCUGAAAGAAUUUAUCCCUUGCAUUUUUAGCUCUGGCAUAAAGGAAGAUAGGAUUUCUACCAUCAACAUUUUGUUAUCUACACUAAAAACAAAGGUAGUUCACAAUAAAAAUAUCACAAAAACGCAGAAGGUUCGCUUCUUUACUGGGCAACUCCUGGUCCACAUAGCAUCUCUCUACAGCUGGAAUGGGAUUGCUGAUGUGACCCCAGAAAAUACAGAGAGUGCCAAGGUGUCUGCUGAAGAAGCAGGGAAAGCCAUGGUGAGGGAGCUCGUUCAUAACUUCCUGACUGAUCUUUGUUGUUCGUUCAAGCAUGGGAUUAAUUUUUAUGAUGCGUCUUUGGGUACUUUUGGCAGAGGAGGCAACCUGACACUCUUGCACUUCUUGUUGGGUUUGAAAACCGCAGCUAAUGAUGAGCUGGUGGCUGAACUGGUGGUGAAUAUCCUAAAAGUGUGCCCAGACCUGCUGAGCAAGUACUUCAAGGAAGUGACGUUUUCCUUUCUUCCAAGAGUGAAGUCCGCUUGGUUAAACAAUAUCAAACUCCUUACCAAGAUCUAUGAGGCCCAACCAGAGAUUUCCCAGGCAUUUCAGACCAAAGAAUUUAUCCCUUUGCCACGACUCCUGGCGAUGGUGAUGGUGACCACGGUGCCCCUGGUGUGCAAUAAGAUCAUGUUCACUCAAGCAUUAAAUCUGGACAGCACGUCGGUGAGACACACAGCUCUGUCCCUCAUUUCCUUCAUUUUGAAGAGAGCAUUGAAAACUGUUGACCACUGCUUAAAUAAAGAAUCCUGGCAAGAAUCAGGCGUGUACACAGCGUCGGUGAUGGAAGAAUUUGUGCAGCUCUUCCGAGAGGCACUGAGCAAGGUUUUGCCAGAUCUGAAUACUGUUGUGUGGGUCUGGCAGUCACUUAAAAAGCAAGAGAUGAAAGAAGAUGAUGAGAAAGGAAAGAAGAGAGGUGACGGGACUCCAGCUGCCUGCAGGGCUCUCCAGUGUGAUGAUGCAGAAACUAUUCUUCUGAGAGCCGUUUUGCUCCAGGUCAUAUGCCUCUACCAGAAAGCAGUCCCCCAUGUGGUCAUGCAGUACAACUUUGACUUCAGCAAGCUCCUGAAAGGCAUCAUCUCUGAGCAGAGCCUUGGCCAGGAGGCCCCUCCCAUCCUGCAGCACCACAUGCUGAAGGUGGCCCUGGAGCUGCCUGCCAACAAGUUCUUGUGGUUGAAGGCACAGGAAGGCCCAGAUGCAGAAAUUAUUGGAGGAGAAAGAUCUGUGUUCUACUUACUGAUGAAAAUGUUUGUGACCAGUAGCCAUUUACAGCUCAAGUCGUCCACCAAACUUCUGAUCAUGAAGAUUCUGCGGGACACGGGUGUGUUUGAGUAUACCUGGAAGGAACUGGAGCUCUGGUUGGAGCACCUGGAUAACACUUCAGAAGGCAGCAGAGAGACGGUGAUUCAGUUCCUGGAACGUGUUUUACUGACACUGGUGGCGAAUCCCUAUACGUACACAGACAAGGCAUCUGACUUUGUCCAAGAAGCCAGCACUCUGCAGGCCACCAUGAGCAGGCAAGACACGGAUGACACCAGCAUUCCCAUCUCUCACAUCGACGAUGUGCUGGACAUGGUGGACGUCCUGGUGGAGGGGAGCGAAGGCCUGGACGAGGAGAUUGGGUUCCUGCUGAAUGAAGAUAUGAUCCUGCUCACGUUCCCAUUCAGUGCUGUGGUCCCUGCAGCCCUGGAAGCCAGGAACAAGUUGCUCCUUGGGACAGAGAAUGAAGCAGGGGAAAGCAUCGUGGUCUACCUGACAGCAGUGCUGACCGACCUCCUCCACACCCAGAGGGACCCCUUGGCUCUGUGUCUUCUGCUCCAGGCUUACGACAAGUUUGAGCCUCCUGGCCCGCCUUGCUCCUGGCAGCUGUCUCGGUUUAACAGCUACUACAGCCUCUGGAUCCCGGAGCAAGCCCGAGAGGCCUGGCCACUGCAGGCAUCCAGCAACUGUACAUCCCAUGUACCCGCCUUGGCCUCCUGCUUCUCCGCUGUGCUGCAGACAGCAUAUGAGAGCCAGACGCUCAGAGACAAGCACAUUCAAGAGCAGCUGCAGGCUGCAGUCCAGUGUCUCACCCUGCGCCAAGCCCUGUGUGCCACCAAGCAGGUGCUACUCUACCUCAGGAGCACCGUGGAGAACUUCCGCCAGCUGGGCAGAAAUGCAGGGCCUCCCCUCCUGCAUCUCUUCCUGAAUCUCCUCAGACACUUGGUUGUCCACUGUGAGCAGCUGGAUACCCAGAAUCAGCAGAAGUGCAAGGCUGCCCAUGCUGAAUCUGAACUCUUUUUAGACAUGAAGUCUGUUGCCUCGCUGGAGUUGGCCAAUGACCAGACGCUGGAGGAGGUGCUGGUGGCCAUCCUGAGACACCCAACGCUGGAAGGCUGGUUUCUGGCCCUGGAACAACAAGCCCUGCCCCCACAUACGCUCAGCCCCGUUCUUGUGAAGCUCUUGGCUGCUCAGUUCAGUGCAGGCGUCCUUCAGCUGCUGGUGGCCUGCGCCCCCAUCCUCCGAAAUAUGGGGCAGCUGGGCCUUCUGGCCAGGUACUUGGAGGCCAUCACGCAGAGUGUGUUGAGGGAGCUGCGAGCCAGAAGCACAGGCCGAGCUGCUUCUCCAGCCAAGAGCCUGCUACAGCUGGAGGCCCUGCGGGAGCUACACCCAUACAUGGAAGGUGCCCAGCUCCGAGAGCUCACGCUGGCUCUGCUGGCCCUGCCGGAGGCCCACCUGCAGACUCAGCCAUCCGCUGAGGCCCCUGAGAGAGAGAGACAGUUAAGCAUCCUUGGGAAGACCCUGGUGCAGCUGCUGGCCUGCAGCCCCCAGGACCGGCUACAGAGUGGCGAGCUUCUCUGGUCCUCCGAGUAUGUGCGUGGCCUGGGCACUCUGCUCCCCAUGUUGGCUGUGGAUGAACUGGACACGGUGUUCCUCCACACCCUGCAGAGAGACCCCGUGCUGGCCCCCGUGGUUGCGGCUGAUCUGCUCGACUACUGCCUGGCCUGGCAGACGCCGGCAGCCGUGGGCAUCGCCACCCUGCUCCUCCAGCAGAGUUGUACUCACGUGCUAUGGUUUGAGCAGUGGUGCAGCCGGGCUGGUGCAGGGCACAGGCUGCAGAAGGAGCUGGACAACUUCCUGCCCCUCAUCCACGUGUACCUCCAGCACAGGCCACAGUGGCACUUCUCAUGUCCGGCAGGAGCAUCCUCCACUGUCAUUCCUGUCCUGAGGAAGGCCCUGUGGAAACAGCUCCAAGACAGGCUCCUCAGUCCUGAUGGACCCCCAGAGUCAGGCCUGAUUCAGGAAGUUCUGGCCCAGCUAGUCCCAUUUGCCAGGGCCAAAGACCUCCGUGCACUCAUGGACCGUUUGCCCAGCUUGCUUCAGGCUCCAGGCAGUCACAAGAGUUGGAUUGUGGCAGACUCUGUCUCAGCAGCCCUGGAGCAGUCAGCAGAAAUGCUGGGCACCUGGAGGAAGACCCUCCUGCAGUCCUGUGUGCAGUGGCUGAUUGUGUCCUUCAGUGGCAGCCAGCCAGGCAGUGGCAGCACCCAGGACCUAGAGAAGCAGAUGCUGCUCAGGCUACUUGAGUUGUUGCGUGCACUUAAAGACAUUGAUCCUGGUGAUUGGCAGAAAUUCAUGAAGACUGGACUCAAGUCUCGGUAUCAGAACCACAUCUUUCUAGAAACCCUGCAUGCUGCUGUGCAGCUCCUAUAUGGCCCAGAGAGCUCCGUGCACCCCAGGCUUGUGCAGCUGCGCACCAUCCACAUGAUGCUCACUCAGCACUCCCUGUUCCUGCCCAGCCUGCUGACAGCUGAGGGAGAGGAGACCCCAGACAGUGACGUCAAAGAAGCCCUGGUGGACCUGAUGGCGAUGGUGGUGAGGAUGUGCCCCUCUGUCUGCGAGAGCAGCCACUUCGCAGUGCUGCUUGGGGCCUAUGGCGCCACCCUCAGCACCCUGGACCAGAAGAUCUUACUUCUCCUCCAGGCGUAUGAACAGAACAAGCUGAGCCUCAUCAACUUCCGGGUGCUGCUGUGGGGCCCGGCGGCCGUGGAGCAUCACAAGACGUGCCGGAGCCUCGGCAAGUCCCUGUGGCAGCAGCCGAGUGUCGCCGACAUCCUCUGCCUGCUGGACCGAGACCGCAUGCUACAGACCAUUCUGCACUUCCCCCAGAACCGCAGGCUGCUGCCCUCCGAGGAGGCGAUGUUUAAAGACAAGAGCAUGAGAGUGGAUCCCAGAGGCCUGUAUGACCCCUGCUUUCUCCUUCCUCUCUUUGUGGAACUGACCAGGCCAGAAUGUGUGGUGGACUGUCGAAAGUUCUUGGAUUCUAAUGCUCUGGGCCUUACUGUUGCGGCCCUCAGCAGCUACGACCCCCAGAUGCGAGCGGCAGCCUACUCUGUCCUGGCAGCCUUCUACUCACACCUGGAGGGGGCUCGUUUCCGGGAGCAGUCCCAGCUGCUUUACUUGUUGGAUGUCGUCCGGAACGGCAUUCAGACUCCAAACCUGAGACUUCCUUUCACCCUGGCCCUCUUCAUCGCCAAGGCGGCCCUGCAGAUUCUGAAACCAGAGGAGCACAUGUACUGGAAGAUCAGCAAGUUCCUGCUGUCACACGAUUACCUGAACAUGGACAAGGUGCCGGGCUUCUACCAGUUCUUCUACAGCUCUGACUUUGAGCACAAAACCGAGCAGGAAUGGGUGCUUGGAAUUCUGCGGCAGGGCAUUCGAGAUAAGCAAUGCUACGAGCUGUGUGCCAGGCGGGGCGUCUUCCACAUCAUCCUGUCCUUCUUCAGCAGCCCACUGUGUGACGAAGUGGCACAGAUUUGGAUUCUGGAAAUUCUACAGAACAUAGCCCAAGUUGCCAGGUCUGCCUACGAAAUCCUCCGGGACUAUAGUCUCCUGACGUGGAUUCUGCACAUCCUGGAGGGCAGGUUUCUGGAGACUCAGCUGCUGUCUAAUGUGAUCUCCUUGCUGCACACACUGUGGGUGACGAAUCUGGGAGACAAAGGCUUGGAGGGGGAGAGCCAGCGGCCUCACCAGCCUGGCUCCCAGGAGCCCCGCAAGCUGCUUGCCCUGCACCUUGUCAACGAGUUCCUUUACGUCCUCAUGGCGCUCGCAAAGCACCUGAGGCCCACCCUGGCCUCUACCCAGCUAAGCACCUUCUUUGAGACACUUGACUCUGUGCUGCGGUACCGGGCCACCGUCCUGCAGGCCUUCAGGGACAUGGGCCGAUUCACUGUGAAUGAGACGAUGCUUUCCACCAAAGAUGUCCUGGUCCUCCUUCACAAGUGGAGCCUCAUUGAGAGAGACGUGAAGCUUCAGGAGGCCCUGAGGGCCACUGUGGAGAGGUGCGGGGUCAGGGAGCUAACAAAAAUGCUCAAGGAUAAGAACAGGCCUGUUGUGCCGAUCCGAGGCAGGGGCCCUCAAGGCCGGAAAAGGAGGCCUGGGGAGGCCGAGGAGUCGGCCCAGCCUGAGAUGGCGGCGUCGAGUGUGGAGACAUGCAGGGCCCUGCUGAGGUCCAUCCUGACCCACUGGGGACCGGUGGACUCCGGCCCCGAGCCCUCCCAGGACCAGGCCACUCAUGAGAGCCAAGUCGAAAGCCCCAUGCAUGCUGCCGCCUCCCUGGUGGCUGGCUGGGUUCUGUGCUCUGUGGCCGAGUGCCCGCUCAGCAGAGCAGAGACUGCAGGACUCCUGGGUUGGCUCAAGAGCCACAUUUUACCCCACCCGGGGGUGGUGGCUGAUCUUCUUGGGGAUGCGGCAGUGAAGAGGAGCCUGUUUCAACUGUACAGCUGCCUCUGCAGUGCCAAAGGGCUGGCAGGAUCCAUGCAGGAUGUGGCCAUUCUGUUCAACACAGUCAUGCUGCAGCUGCUGGCGGCCCAGGGCCACAUGAGGAGUCCCUUCCACCUGGCAGUGGAGGCCCUGUGCACGUCCUCUGUGCAAGAAGAAGACAGCAACGCACGAGCCUCCGCGGCGCUCCUGGUGUCACUGUACAUCAAGGACAUGUGGCUGGGCGCCCAGCGGCCAGAUACCCUCCUAGCACACGUCCGAAUGGUCUGCGAGGCUGCGGAGGACUCCCUGGAUAGGGAAGAGGAGGCCAUCGUCUCGAUGUGCAGGGACCUCACUGCUGUGGCCUCAGACACCUGACCCCUGCAGAGCGCUCCCAGGCGCUAGAAGUCUGGUGCCAGGAAGGCAGACAAGUUCUGGCUGUUGGCUCAGCUCCCCGAUUGGAAGAAUCAAAAGGCCUUUAUUAAGCAGUGAAUAAGGUGUGUCCAAGUGCUGAGGCUGCAGGGACAGGGUGCCCUGCCACACCCCUCCAGGAGUCCCAUGCUGCUUUGCAACUGCAGAUGCACACCGUGAAUGUUCAAGCUACAGUGUCAAAAAACUUGUCAUGUUUUUGGUGAGAACCAAGAGAGGUAUUUUAGCUGGGCGUGGUGGCACCUGCCUAAUCCCAGUACUUGGAGGCUAAGGCAGGAGGAUCAACUUCAAGUUCAAGGCCAGCCUAGACUAUGUGAUAAGACCCUGUCUCACAGAGACAGGAAUUUAAAAUUUUUUCCUCUGUAAGGAAUUGUAACAAAAUUUUGUGUGACUGAAAGCAUAAAGUUUACAGACUUAUUUCUUCAGUUUCAAAGAAGGGAUUUUGAGUUUUAUAAUCUCUUGAUAAUAAAUGUGUAUUUUUGUAAGA